AAAAGACUUUGAUUUUUGGUGUUAAGUGUAUACAAGAUAGGCUCAUCCAGAGUUCAUAAUUACUUCAUUCACAAAACCAAACUCAAACCCACAAACAGAUUUUCAUAAGAUGGCUUUAGAAUUACUUGCUUCCAUUGUUGCUGACAAAGUCCUUGAAAAGCUUGCUUCUAACACCUACCAAGAAAUUUCAAUUGCGUGGGGUGUCCAUGGGGAACUCAGAAAGCUUCAGGAUGUCUUGACUACUAUCAAAGCUGUACUUUUGGAUGCUGAGGAAAAACAAGUGGAGAAUCGCGAGCUGCGAGUGUGGUUGGCUAAGCUUAAAGAUGCUUUUUAUGAUGCUGAAGAUCUACUCGAUGAAUUUGAAUGUGAGCAGCAAAGAAAACAAGUCCUUAAAUUGUAUGGAACCACUGCCAAAAAGGUGGGUCGCUUUCUUUCACCCUCUAAUCCCCUUGUAUUCCGUUUUAAAAUGGGUCAUCGGAUAAAAGAAAUAAGGGAGAGAUUAGAUGAAAUUGCAUCUCAUAAGGCCAAGUUUCAUCUAGAAAGAAAAGAAGCAAUGCGUGUGAUACCCAUAGAAAGAGCAAUGACUCACUCCUUUGUAGAGGCUUCUAAUGUUAUUGGAAGAGAUGAGGAUAAAGAAAAUAUCAUUAGACUUUUACAGAAGCCUAAUGAUAGUGGUGAAACUGAUGUUAUUGCUAUUGUUGGAAUUGGUGGUUUAGGGAAGACCGCACUCGCCAAAUUAGUUUAUAAUGAUGAACGAGUGCAAAACAACUUUGAACAUAAGAUGUGGGUUUGUGUAUCAGAGGAUUUUGAUGUAAAAAUUUUGACUGAGAAAAUUAUUCAAUGCAUAACCAAUGGUAGCGAGAACAUAAGGCAUUUGGAAAUGGAGCAAUUACAAGGAAUCUUGCGAGAAAGAAUUGGUUAUAAGAAGUAUUUGCUCAUCUUAGAUGACGUAUGGAAUGAUGAUCGUAAGAGAUGGAAUGCGUUGAAUGAGCUUUUGUGUACGGGUGCUAAUGGGAGCAAAAUCUUGGUGACAACUCGUAGCAAUGAAGUAGCAUCAAUUAUGGGCAGUGUUUCAGAAUAUGAGUUAAAGGGUCUUCCUCAUGAUGAGUGUAUGGCUUUGUUUACCAAAUGUGCAUUUAAAGCAGGUGAAGAGAAAUGCUAUCCAAACUUGGUGAAAGUUGGGGAAGAAAUUGUAAGAAAAUGCAAAGGGGUUCCAUUAGCAGUGACGACAAUAGCAUCACUUCUUUUUACGCAAAGAGAGGGAAGAUAUUGGAAAUCAAUAAGAGAUAAUGGGUUAUGGCAAAUGGAGCAGAAGGAAAAUGAUAUUUUACCUGCUUUAAGAUUAAGUUAUGAUCAUUUACCUGCUUAUUUGAAAAGGUGCUUUGCUUAUUGUUGUUUUUAUCCAAAGAACUAUGAAUACAUUCAUUUGGUAUUAAUUCACUUUUGGAUGGCACAUGGACUUCUUGAAUCAACAAACGAAAAUGAAGAGCUAGAAGAUAUUGGGUUGCGCUAUAUUCAGGAGUUGAGGUCUAGAUCUUUUUUCCAAGAUUUUGAGGAAGACUCGGAAUGCAAGUUAUUCAGUUCGUGUAAAAUGCAUGAUUUAGUGCAUGACCUUGCAUUAUCAUUGACACAAAAUGAAUUUUCAACAAUAACCACAAGCACCAAAGACAUCUCAAAGGGCGUUCGCCAUUUGUUAUUUCUUUCAAUUCCCCAAAAUCUUCCCACUCUCUUACAAGGCUUAGACCAUGUGCGAACUGCUAUUUUUAACACUGAGGAAAUGAGCCAAUCAGCCUUGAAUUUAUGUUUGUUAAGAUUCCAAUCUCUGCGGGUGUUGGACUUUCGCGAUUCCAAAUUUGAGGUAUGGCUAGAAAAGAUUGGCUCUUUAAAGCAUUUGAGGUAUUUAUGUUUACCCGAAGCUUGUGAAGUUGAAAAGAUCCCCAAUUCUUUUUGCAAGUUACAAAGUUUACAAUUUUUAUGGCUUGGAGAAGAAAUUGAGGAUUUGCCCAGUAAUAUAAGGUACUUGAUCAAUCUUAGAUUUCUAAUUUUUCCCCGAAAGCAGAAGCGUUUGUCAAAGAAUGGACUAGGGUGCUUGACAUCUCUUAGAUUUUUUUGGAUUCUGAGAAAUGAACAUUUGGAAUACUUGUGUGAAGACAUGCAAGGUCUCAAACAUCUUCGAACAUUGUUUAUUUUUGAAUGUUACAGCUUAAUCUCUUUGCCUCAAAGUAUAAAAUACCUCACUGCACUAGAGACUCUUCAUAUUGAAGAUUGUACAAACCUUAAUUUGACUUGGGAGGUAGAUGAUCAAGAUUUGGCUCAAUUCAGCCUUCAAAAGCUGAUACUUGUAUGGUUACCAAAAUUGGUAGCGUUACCAGAAUGGCUUCUUGCAAGAUCCACCAACUCUCUGCAACUAUUAAAACUAGGAAGUUGUAGAAACCUCAAGAAAUUGCCUGCUUGCUUACAUAAUAUGACAUCUCUUCAACAACUUGUGAUUAACGAUUGUGCUGAAGUAAGGAACAGAUGUGAACGUGAAGUUGGUGAAGAUUGGUCCAAAAUCGCUCAUAUCCCUAAAAUUGUUAUUAAUGAAGGUUGCUUCUGAGAUCAGUUCAACAGAAGAUUAUAUAGAUACACAUAAUGGGAAGGGAACACAAGCUACUGCUUAAUGUGACCAUUUUUGUAUUUGAUGUUGUCUUGUUUUAUAUUGCAAACAACUCCUGAAACUCGUUAUUAAUUCUACUGUUUGUAUCUAUAAACUAUUGUUUAUUUUAUUUUUAUAUUAUAUGUUUAUUUUUCUCUAGUGCUUCUGCGAAAUAUUGCUUGUAUGCAUGGAAACAUAUAUAUAAAUAUAUAGUAGUUUUGAUGUCUUUCAACUCUCGUGGAUGCUCUCUUCCUCCUCUCCAGCCUCUGUGUUGAAGAAGCAAAGAUGGCUAUAAAUUAGCAUAUUGUCUUGUACAACAGUUGUUGGCUGAAGCUGGACUUCUUUGUCCGAGAAAAAAGCAGUUCAAAUUUUGACAAAAUACAUAGUUGCUGCUUCAAAGCAAACUCAAAGGUAAUUUGUACAUUUAAAAUUAAUGUAGUAGUUAUAUUACAUUUUAGGUAAAAGAAGAAACCACAUGAACUCUCUCAUUUAAACUGAUUUCUGGUUGCUAAAACUAUGAAUCUUCUUCUUUGUUCACUUAGGUUUCCGUGCGUGAUUGGCAAUCUUCGGAAGAUGAACAAGAGGUAAUGGGUUUCCUGCACAUCUCUAGGAGGCUUGCAUUUAGCCAUGAAGGAAAAAGUUUCUUUACUUGAAGAUUGCUGCUAUGACUGUCUGCUGGGGCCUGGUUGUUUCAAGAGUGCGCUAUCUUCUCGUUUUUCUCUUCUUGAUGCCCUUGGUUGUAGUCUCCCGCUCUCUAACAUGGUGAUUCUCCGUUAAUUUUUUAUUUUUAAGUUGGGUGAUUGAAACUAUGACUACUAUUUAUAGUUUUUUCUCAACAUCAAACCUUCAAUCUUCAAUCUCCAACCCCUUGAGUUGAGACCAGGCCUUUCUGCCAUUCAUAGAAAUGUGUUAGAACGGCAUUGCUCUUUGUGUAUCCGGAGGUUUCCCUUGAAUCUGAUUCCUAUUGGCUACUAGGGUUUUGUAUGGGAUCAGCUGUUUGUAUGGACUAGGCUUUUAGUUGGACCCACUAUAAUCUUUUUAAUCUUUAAUUCUUUAUCCGCUAUGAGCCUUAUAUGUA